UGUAAAAUCUACGAACACAAUGUCAUUUAGCAACUUAGCAGUCACAAUCCCACGACCAGGAAUAGACACCGAUCCAUCGACCCAGCGCUCGUCCUCUCACGCAUCUAUUCCCGCGCCUGCCGAAGCCGCCUUCAUCACCCAGUUCGGUGCCCAUCUACCUUCUGCUCAGUACUUCAUCUCAGAUAAUGCAAGCACCGCAAUCUAUGAACUACCACCACCUACUGUCUCUUUGCUGCAUGCUCCCAUAGAGCGCGUCCUGAUCGUCCAUGGUGCAGGAACCCCAGCCUUGGGCAUGCUUCCCCUCGCCAAAGCCCUUCAAGCCUCCAGUCCCAACUUACACAUAGUGUUAUACGACCACUUCGGACAUGGGCUCUCCUCUACACCUCUAGUGCCUCACGUGCCAGCACUAUUCCACGACCAAAUCAUACAACUCCUGCGGCAUCUGAAAUGGCCAUCAGCGCAUCUCCUGGGAUUCUCCUUCGGCGGAUCAACGAUUACUAGCUUCACCGCCUUAUAUCCGGAUCUGGUCCAGAGCCUGGUAGUGGUGGCUCCAGCUGGGCUGUUGAGGUCUGCGACGCUGACUGAGGAGGGCGCAAGUUACCUAAAGGGGGGUGCGGGUGUGGACGAGGGUGUGGCGACAGACUGGAUAGUAGACUUCGUCAGUGGUGGUCCCCUCAUCGUGUCACCUGACUGGAAGGCCAACUUUGCAAGGGGAGAGAUUAGUGGGGAGCCAAUUCAGGUCUGGGAGAGAGAGUAUCACAAAGGGCACAUUCCCAGCUUAGUAGCUAUAGUUAGAGAUGGCGGCGUCUUCGACAUGCACCAGCAUUUCAAAAAGGUGUCUCAGAGUAGUGUCAGGCGAUUGGCUGUGGUUGGAGAGCUCGACGAUUUCUGUACUGAGCAGGACCUAAGGACUGUUGGAUUUAAAGAUGUAGUUGUUGUUCCCCGAGCUGGCCAUGGCCUAGUGAGACAGCGGGUUUCUGAGGUUGCACGCCCUAUUAUUGAGUUUUGGAGGAGUCUGUAACUCGGGAAACCUACUUUUACGCCACACACAUGACUAGGCUUGAGAAUAGUAGCUAAGUAAAAACAUAGCUAACUAGGUUAUUAAAGCCAUGGCAUACCUCUUGAAAGUGUUUCUAG